GACUGUAUUGGUCAAAAUUUGGACGACUUAAUAACUGCAAAUGAACAUGGUCGAGGAUUAAGCCGACCACGGUACAAUGGCGAGGAGUCAUCUUAAGAAGGAUUAGUGCCGAGGUCAAGUAAAAUUGUACGGAAACAAUGAUAGAAUUAGUUUAGAAUAGAAAGAAGGAAUAUUCCAUUGGAUAUUCCUUCUGCUGUACUUUUUAGGGUUUCUUAGGAAUAUCCCCUAUAAUUAGGAGGAGAUAAUAAAGAACAAAAAGGGGAUCUUCACUUUUGGGAUAAGAACAUGUUGUAAAGGUUGACUACAGAGAAUAUACAAAUCUUGUCUUGUCCACUGAUUCUAUUAUUCAACAUAUAUCUUUUACUCACAAGAUCCAAGGAUCAUUUGUCCACAUUCAUUCUAUAUUGGUCUCACACGUUGUUGUCAGGAAGGAGAAUCAUACAAGUCAUCUACUAUUUGGAUCAAAUUAAAGAAGAUAAAAUGGAGGACAAGAAGCUAACUUUUAUUAUGUAUCCAUGGUAUGCAAUGGGCCAUCUUACUUCAUUUCUUCAUCUCUCCAACAAAUUAGCAGACAGAGGCCAUACAAUUUUCUUUAUUCAUCCUACCAAUACACUUUCUAAAUUGGAAAAAUUCAAUCUUUACCCUCAACUCAUAAACUUCAUAUCAAUCACAGUUCCACAUGUUGAAGGUCUCCCUAUCGGAGCUGAAACAACUUCAGACAUUCCUAUUUUCAAGCAAAAUCUCCUCUGGCAAGCAUUGGAUCUUACACAACAAAAGAUUGAGUCUUUAAUUCAAGAACUCAAACCCCAUUUCAUUCUUUAUGAUUUUGCAUAUUGGGUUCCAUUAGUUGCUAGAAAAUAUGGAGUGAAGUCAAUACAUUACUGUUCCAUUACUCCUUCAUCUGUCGGUUAUCUCAUGCGUGGCGAAAAACUAAUUCCAGAGGAUGAAAUGAUAGAACCUCCACUUGGUUUUCCUCUUAAUUCAUCUAUCAAACUUCACAAAUAUGAAGCUCGUUUAAUCGCAGCUCUACAUUCGAUAGGGAAAGAAUCUAGUGGUUCCGGCUCAGGCUCCGGCUCAGUGUCGUUCACACGGCGUUUACUUUUGGCUUUUCAAGAUGGGGAUGUCAUUGCAUUCAAAACUACUAAGGAAAUUGAAGGACCAUAUUGUGAAUUUGUUGAGAAUAAGUUCAAGAAACCGGUUGUUUUAGCCGGACCAAUAUUUCCAGAAAAAAUAGAUAGUUCAAAUUUAGAGGAGAAAUGGUCUAAGUGGCUUGAAAAUUUCCAAGAAAAGACAGUGAUUUUUUGUGCAUUUGGUAGUGAAUGCAAGCUCAAGAAAGAACAAUUCCAAGAACUUGUUUUAGGUCUUGAACUUACUGGUCUUCCAUUUUUUGCUGCUUUAAAACCGCCUUUCGAAGCCGAGACAAUUGAAGAUGCAUUACCAGAGGGUUUUAAAGAGAGAAUAGAAGGAAAAGGGAUUGUUCAUUCAGGUUGGGCAGAGCAACAACUGAUUUUAUCAUAUCCUUCUGUGGGAUGUUUUGUUACUCAUUGUGGUGGAAAUUCUUUAUCUGAGGCUAUGAUUACUGAGUGUGAAUUGGUUUUAGUCCCAAAUUUUGGUGAUCAAUUUAUUAAUGCAAGAUUGUUUGGUGGAGAUUUGAGAGUUGGAGUGGAAGUUGAGAGAGAUGAAGAGAAUGGAUUGUUUACUAGAGAAAGUGUUUGUAAGGCAAUAAAAAUGGUAAUGAAUGGUGAUAAUGAAAAGGGAAGGGAAAUAAGAGCUAAUCGCGCAAAGUGGAGGGAGUUUUUAUUAAGCAAAGGGCUUGAGGAUUCUUAUAUUGAUGCUUUUGUUGAAAAGCUACAAACUCUACUUUAAUUUUUGCUUGGAGUAUUAAUGGGCAGCAUCGUGCAUUGAGCUCUGAGAAUGGGUCAGAUCACAUUGGAUCGUAUGUACACGAUCUUUCCCUGCAUUUCUAGAAGAGGUUUGUUUCUGCUUGAAGUAUCAAUAUCUAAACUAUAUAAAAAUCCUCAUAGGGGAGGAUAUGAUAUUUCCUUUUGAUUAGUGAGUUUAUUAGGUUGCUUGCUUUUGUUACUUCGAGCUUUAGUUGUGCUCUUUGUCUUCUCUAUUACUCUCUUGUUUCUAUUUCAUAUGUUAUUUCAUUUUUCGUACUACUAAGAGACUUCUGUAAUAUCAUGGAACACCAUUUACUGCAAAUAGAUCUAUUUAAUUCGAUC